AUGGUAGUGGCAGAGAGCGUUUGGAACGCGAUAGAGCUGGCAGAAUCCUUUGGCUGUGUUGUAAGACGAGCGGCUAUUGAUGGAGAGCAUAAAGAUGUCGAGCACAUUCCACUUACAAUGGAGCCAUCGCCGAUCAGCAAGCAAAACUUCUUAGAGCUCGAAGCCGCCGAGCUCGUUUUCAGCGAAUUGAUUCAUAAAAUGUCCUCCGAUCGGGAUUUUAUGAACGAGGCGCUGAAAGAAACUGCGGCAGAAGAUGCGUUUUGGAGACGUCUUUUGGAGAUUUACAAUAGAGUGCAGGAGGAAGCGCCGAAUCCGAUCCUUCUCGGGCUGCAUCGAAUGGACUACUUGCUCGAAACAAUCGGAAAUGACGAGUUUGCUAGAAUGGUGGAAUUUAAUACAACUGCCGCGUCGAUGGGCGGCCAUGCGGAGAAGAUUGCCGAGAUCCACCGAAUAAACGGGCACAAGCCUGAGGAUAAUUCCGUUACGCCCAAACUUGCCGAGCAUCUUGCUGAAUCAGUAAAAGCUUAUUCGAAGAAAUUCAAUACGCCGAUUGAAAAUUUGACAGUUCUGACCAUACGGGAAACGCCUGGAUCUGUGAAUUUUUCUGACCAACGGAAGGUGGAGUUAUCUGUGAGCAAGCGGCUUGGAUACAAAUGUCCUGUUCGACGAGUCACUUUCACAGAUCUGGCGAAUAAGGAAAAUGUCAAAAUCACGGGCGACAGAAGAUUCUUCUACCAGGGCACAGAAGUGGCUACAUUUUACAUGCGAGAUGUGUCUUUCCCAACGGAGGAAUUGUGGAAAGCGCGAGAAAAUGUAGAUACCUCCGUCGCCGUCAAAUGCCCAAGUGUUCAAUAUCAUCUUAUGACGAAUAAGGUCUUCCAAGCUUGUUUCUCAAAUAAAAAACUGCUGCAUAAAUACAUCAGCCAAGAAGAAAUCGAAUCUAUCAAGAAUUUCAUCGCUCCCAUGUGCUACCUCACGGACUGGAAUAAUCCGAUCGUUACCCAGGCGUUUUCGACGCCAUCCUCAUACUGUUUGAAGAUAUUGCGCGAGGGAGGCCAUUUAGGUAAUAUUUUCGAUGAAAAGGAGGUGCUAGAGACGCUGGAAAGGAUGAAAACGGAUAAGGUUUUACGAACGGAAUACUGUCUAAUGGGAAAAAUCAAAUCCGAUGUUCAUCCAAAUACUCUUGUGAGAAGCGGAAAAACCGAUGGUCCCCAACGAACGAUCGCAGAAUAUGGCAUUUUCGGUGGAUUUCUUUGCGUGGACGGAGAAGUUUUGAAAAACGAAGUUUGCGGUCAUUUAGUUCGAGUGAAACCGGAACAUUCUCACCUCGGAGGCGUCAAUGUUGGCGGAGCGUGUGUUGGUUCAAUGAAAAUUGUCGAAAACUAA